AUGGCUUCCGCCGCCCUCACCUUCAUUCUUAUCUUCUCUAUCUUCGCAGCCGCCGCUGCAAUAUGCCACCCAGACGACGAACAAGGCCUACUCUCAUUCAAGUCCGGUAUAACAGCUGAUCCGUCCGGCAUUCUCUCCUCCUGGAAACCAGCCACCGAUUGCUGCAACUGGUCCGGUAUCUCAUGUCAAGCUCCCAACAAUCGGGUCAACAGUAUAUCACUUUACGGCCAACUUGAUAAACCCAACUCCUACUUGUCUGGUACCAUAUCAUCUUCCCUCUCCAAGCUUCGUUUCCUCGACGGAAUUUACUUCCAAAAUACCCGGAAUAUAUCGGGUCCUUUACCCGGCGUUCUGUUUAAUCUACCCAAUCUUCAGUAUGUUUAUAUUGAAAACAACAAACUAUCCGGCCGCUUACCGGAAAAUCUGGGUAACCUGACACGACUAUAUGCACUCAGUUUAGAAGGCAAUGGGUUUUCCGGGACCAUACCGAGUUCGAUCUCAAAGUUGACGGAGUUGUCGCAGCUCAAACUCGGCGGCAACCAGCUCACAGGAACGGUACCUGACGGAAUCCGUCAACUAAAGAGUUUAUCGCUUCUAGCUCUAGACCGGAACAAACUUACCGGAAGCAUACCGGAUUUUUUUACUUCAUUUUCAAACCUCCGGAUUCUUAGAUUGUCGUAUAACAAGUUAUCCGGUAACAUUCCGGCGAGCAUCUCGUCUCUGGCGCCGGUGCUUGCGUAUCUGGAGUUGGGGCACAAUUUACUAACCGGAAAGAUCCCUGAUUUUCUGGGAAAGUUUCGCGCGCUAGAUACGUUGGAUUUGUCUUCGAACGGAUUCUCGGGAACAGUACCAAAAUCAUUUGGGAAUCUCACGAAGAUUUUCAAUCUCGAUCUGUCGCGUAAUAAACUGACAGAUCCAUUCCCUGUUAUGAAUGUAAAAGGUAUUGAAUCGCUGGAUUUGUCGUACAAUGGUUUUCAUCUGAAGCAGAUACCGAAAUGGGUGUCGUCGUCUCCAAUCAUAUACUCUCUGAAGCUUGCAAAAUGCGGGAUCCAGAUGAAACUAGAUGAUUGGAAUCCAUCGGAAACGUAUUUCUACGACUACAUCGAUCUAUCAGAGAAUGAGAUCACGGGGAGUCCUGUGAAGCUGUUGAAUCGAACUAAUUAUUUGGUGGGUUUUUGGGCUUCAGGGAACCGAUUGAAGUUCAAUCUGGAAAGUUUGAAGUUUCCGACGACGUUGAAGACGUUGGAUUUGUCGAGGAAUUUGAUGAUCGGAAAGGUUCCUAAGACGGUUACAGGAUUGCAAUUAUUGAAUGUUAGUCAUAAUGGGUUGUGUGGGAGUCUGCCGCCGACCAAGUUUCCGUCGACCUCAUUUGUCGGCAAUGCUUGUCUUUGUGGUCCUCCAUUAGCAGCAUGUAAGGUUUAA